AUGGCAGCAUCAAAAGAAUGGCAAAAAAUGCUCAACGGUGAGCUGUAUUGGGCCUGGGAUGCAGACCUUCAGGCCAAUCGACAGCGCUGUAAGGCAGCAUGUGACGCGUUCAACCAAGCGGGUCAGGUGUCUCGACGUCGCAGGGUGGAGUUAUGGAGAGACAUCAUCGGUGACAGCCGUGCCUUACCUCCGGUCCAUCCGAAUCCUCAGGAAGAUGAGAAACUCUUCAACGACACCGAUCCCUUUGUGGAUCCCCCCAUCUCCGUGGACCACGGGCUGAAUUUUAAGGUCGGCAAGGGCAGCUUCUUAAAUUUCAACCUUCUUGUUUUGGAUACCUGUCUAGUGACGGUUGGCGAAAGGGUGCUCUUUGGCCCUAAUGUCUGCAUCUAUGGUGCUACUCAUCCCAUGGACCCGGCUGUACGGCGAGGGUUGGAGGGCCCAGAAGCCGGCAAAGAGGUGCACAUCGAAGAUGACGUGUGGAUAGGAGGCAGUGCUAUCAUCUUGGCCGGAAGCGUCCCACCCUUCCACUUUGUUGCUGGAAACCCUGCCCGAAUUAUCCGCCGCAUUGAAACGAGCAUGGAUCCUGAGCACCAAAUCAAAGAAGACAUAUAG